CGCCAUUUCAACUUGGAAUCGAUUCCAUCACCCGAACCUCAACGACAGCCUUCAUCAGCCUACCACCGCCAUCAUGUCGUCCCAAGCGGCCAAAGCCGCCAGCAACGUGGUCAGCAUCGCCAAGGUACGACUCAUGAACAAAUCUCCGAACCCAAUGCCUCCCAAUGGCCCUUCGACAGCAGCCCCUACGUUCGAAUUACCUCGCACAUCAUGAAAGCCAAUACAUGACAUACAGCCGCUAAUAGAACCUCUGUCGUACAGAAGCAAACCCUCCAGUCGACGGGCAUCUGGGAGGCCUUCCGUCGCUUCAUGGCCAUCGACCCUGAGCGAUCCAACGGUGUCCCUUUGAACCCUCACUUCCGAAACCCUACACCCGGCGCCAACCCUCCUCUCGAGUACGACGACCCCGUUACGCUGCCCGCCGGCGACAUCGCCGACAACCCUUACUGGAAGCGCGACAACCGCCGAAACUACCCCCAGCUCAGCGUCGUCAACCAAUCCCAGUUCGCCCAGCUCCUCACUGUCGGCAGCGCCGCGGCUCCCAAGGUCGAGCUCAUCGGCGAGGCUGGUGAGAAGCAGCUCGUGGCUGUCAAGCAGGAAUCCGAGACUGGUCUGGCAAAGGCUCUCGAGAAGGCGACCGAUGCGACUAAGGAUGUGUUCGUUAAUGGUAUGCCCCCUCUGCCCAGUGGCCAGACCUUGGCAACUGGAAAGUGGGAUGUGCACAAGUAUGAGGUGACAGAGAGAUCUUAUGGUGAAGGAUACCCUUGCAGAUCAUUCAAAUAAAUUAGAAGCGAAGAGGGUGGUUGUGGAUACAAAUUAUGAGGUAGUGAGGGUAUAGAAUUUCCAUUGACAAUACAGAUGAUUUUCCUUUUUCAAAUAUGAAAGUCUUUGAUACCGAUGUUCAUACGCCAAACCAAACUCCGAAUCCGUUUCUGAUAUUCUCAGGAUGUUGGUGAUUCUCCCGAUGCCUCUCUUCCACCACUCCCCGCCAUCUUUUCGACAAUCUUGGCCUUUCCUUGUGCCCGUUUAACCCGGUCAUCAAAAUCUUGAACCGCAUCAUCCGAGUUCUCAGUCGAAAGUGUAUCUGGCUCUACGAGAGCAUACAGAGUGUUGAUGUUCUUCUCCAGUCUUGCGUUCUUGGGUAGUGGUGGCAACGUGCAAGUCUCUCCUGAAGCAGUACCGUCCUUGUGUGGUAUUCGGUUCGCCCAUACGAUAGCUUUGCUGGCAAGACGGCCACUUUCGAGGAACUUCUCAAAGCCCUUUUGCAUACCAAAAGAUCGUCCUUCAAUCCGCCCCGCUUGAACGCCGUCUUUGAUGCCUUGUUGGUAGCCUUCUGAGUAAAAGCGCUCUUCGAGGUUGAGGACAUCCUCGAAGGGAUCAAAGGAGUCUGUUUGUCUUGUUUCCAUGGUAUCUGUGUGUGUUCUUUGGGUUGAAUCUUGACUCACUGAUUUGUAAGUGAGUUGCGAGACUGAGUGAGUGAGUGGCAGAAUUUGCGUCACCGCCCACUAAUGGCGGGGCAGUUAGACUUAUUACAACAGUCUGGAAGGGUUAACUUUCAUUGCAACACAGUUACUGGCUAACAUGAAUUUGUAUAAGUUGCGUAGAAUUUACUACAAAAGAUGCCUUCUAAUGACCAUGCCCUUGAGAAACACCUGACUUCUAUUUUCCUUUACUCCAUGAU